UAAGACAAGUUGGCAAAGGACAUCCAGGUAUCAUUCGUGGCUACUUCUUUGAUCCGAGUCGACUGUCUGAUUUAACUUCCUGAAUUAACUAUAGAAGAAAAGAAAAGAUGAUUGUGCUGGUGGUUGCUCUUCUUGUUGGUAGCUACCGGCGAUGACGUCAGAGCGGAAGUCAAUCCGGAAGAACUACCGGAAGUGAAAACCACUUCCGACGAUUUGGCCAAAUCGGAAGCAAAGUGCGUCAUUCCGCCGACCACCAAUCGGAAUAUUCCGUCCGUCACCUACAGCACCAAUUGCGAUUUCUGCGACCACGCCCUCUACACUGUGACGUGCAUCCCCAACGCCUUCGCUUGCGCCGCCCUGUGCGCCGGCGACCGGCUCUGCAGCCAUUUCACGUACAUUGGCAUUUUAAACCGCGGGACUUGCCGGCUGAAAAGCGCCUUCGGCUCCGGAGGCUCCUGGGCCUCAUCCGUCAAGGCCCCGUCGCCUUACAUAUGCGGAUACAUUCCUAGUCGAGCCUUGGUCGAUGUAUUCCUCAACAUUUGCGUGGGGAUGGACAUAACCGGAGUCGUCCGUCGCUGAAACACUUUUUCAUUCAUCAAUUAUUAUUUUUUUUUAAUUAUUUCAAAUUUCUAAAUGGGCAGGAAAUAAACUUUAGUUUUAAGUCAAGGCCUUUUUGUAACAUUGUGGGUGGGUUACGUAAUUUUUUAGUUUUUAGUUUUUAGUCCUGGAGGCAUUUUGCUUCGCAACAAAGAGAUGGGGGUUACAUCAUUUAGUUUUAUAGUAGAGUUACGUAACUUAAAUAAUUAACCUGAAUAAAGCAAACGUCCGGCAUGUAAUAGAACGGCCUAAGUCUGAAUGAUAAAAUCAGAUAAGUGAAUGAUCCCAUUAUUUGUCUAGCAUCAACAUCCGUGUAUAUUGGAUUGCUAGAUAACACCUGAAUUCUCUUUGACGUCAUAAAUGGGUAAGGUGUGGGGGUGCGUGAUUUGGCCUUUUCCAUUUUUACAAAUAUAUAGAACGGGCCUGAUUAGCGAGCGCGGAUAAGACGGGCGAGAAAAUGGAACACUUUUUUAAAUUUAUGAUCCUGAUGUUGAAAUGUUUGACACCUGGGCAUUUACAUAAUCAGUGUGUGAACGAUAAAACGACUUUUAACAUGUAUAGAAGUUGCACACGGGAGUGUAGAGUUUAUUUUUCUUUUCCAACGUUAUGGAACGUGUUGGAAAAUUCGUCUGCUGGAUUCUGUUCGGAAUUGUGCUGACUCUGUUCUUAUUCCAUCCGGCCGAUUGCAUCCAGCCCGUAGUAGUCAAACACAAUUCCAAAUUGAUUUCGGCGUUGAUCAGAAACCCGAACAAUUGGCCAAGGCGGAAUCUUAAUCCGCACAACGGAAUUCGACCACCUUCCAGAUUGAGAAGAGACAUCCGCAUCGGAUUCAUUGACGAUGUCGACAGAGUUUGUGGUGUGGGCAAUCCGCCGGAUGACAAUUCCUGGAUGAGGAUCGUCGGCGGAGUGGAGACGGCCCCCAACGAGUUCCCGUGGCAGGUGUUUCUCGUCCUGGAAAAAGCCAAUCAUCAACUCUUCUCUUGUGGCGGCAGUUUGAUCAGCGACAGGUGGAUCCUAACCGCCGCCCACUGUCUAGAAAAUGUCGCUAUCGUUCACGUCACUUUGGGGGCCCACAAUGUCGACGACGACCAAGAAAUCCACCAGGAAAAUUACAGGAGCCGCGAUUACUACAUCCAUCCUGAUUGGGACUCCAACACUCUUCAAGGUGACAUUGGUCUCAUCCGGCUUCCGCAAUCCAUCGACUUUUCAGAUUACGUCCGGCCGAUUUGUUUGGACAGCCCGUCCGAGUCCCUCAACGAUUACGUGGGUGAAACUGUCGUUCUCACCGGAUGGGGUCUAUACAGUGACGAAGGUGGCGGCACGAGUUCAGUCCUUCGCAAAACGUCCGCCGAGGUGAUCACGAACCAGGAGUGUUACGAGCAGUACGAUAGCCUCAUCACCGACGACAUGAUGUGCACCAGCACGACCAAUCACCACGGCACCUGCAACGGCGACAGCGGCGGUCCGAUGCAUUUGGAAAUGGCCGACGGCAGUUGGAAACAGAUCGGGAUCGUUUCGUUCGGCUCCAAUUUGGGCUGCGAAAAGGGUUACCCCAACGGAUUCACGCGGGUCAGUUCGUUCGCCACUUGGAUCCAGAACACGACGGCCCAGAUGAGUAACACGGCCGUCCAGAUGAAGCAGCCGGCCGUCACUACCAUGCUGUGGCUGGCUCUCUUAUCAGCAUUAGAUUUAACUUCUAUUCUAACUUAAAAUUCACAAUUGUAUUAUACAAACGUCUAUCACGAAUAAAAAUCGAUUAAAAUAAGA